AUGUUGAAGUUUCGUAUUGCUUCCCGCGAAUAUAACAACAUCGUCUGUGUACUCGAGAUCGGUCAAGGGGCAUCCUGCCAGGAUGAUAUCGACAGGGCGCUGAUCAACUGUUCUUCGCAUAAUGUCGAAAUGUCGGCGAAAUUGAACAGAAAGGGUCCUGCCCCAGCCCCUUGUCUUACUCCAGUUACCACCUCAAAUGGUGAUGUACAUCCGGCUGGUGUUCGAACUGCAGCAGUUGUUCGUUGA